AUGACCAACAGAUUUGUAUUAAGAAACCUGUUCUUUCCCCUCUUCACCAUCUUUGUAACACUGGCUAUAGUCCCAUGGUCAGAGGGUCUGAACCAACCUUCUUCUUUAGUCACCACCACUUCCACUCAGCUCAAAUACCACAAGGGUCCUCUCUUCACCGGACCAAGAAGCAUCAACAUCUAUCUCAUCUGGUAUGGAGCCUUCUCUCCCACCAAUAGGACUACCAUCACCAGUUUCUUUUCCUCCUUUGAUCCCUCCACAGCUCCGGUUCUUCCUCGCCGGAGACCUACCGUCUCGACGUGGUGGAAAACAACCCAAUCAUAUAAAGACGUGACCGAAAAACCGGCUUCCGGCACUAUCAAACUCGCCGACCAGGUGGGUGGUGACAACAAUUAUUCUCUAGGCAAGAACAUCAAACGAGCCCAUGUAGCCGUUCUAGUAAAAAACAUGAUAGUCAACAAGGAAAUCCCAUUUGACCCAAUGGCUAUAAACUUGGUGUUGACUGCGUCAGAUGUUACGGUGGAGCGGUUCUGCAUGGGAUCAUGUGGGUUUCACGAUACUACCUUGGUGUAUCCGGGCCAAAGAAUUGUGUAUGCCCAUGUGGGUGACCCACACACACAGUGCCCGGGUCUUUGUGCAUGGCCAUACGCGGUUCCCACGUAUGGUCCACCAGGACCACCACUGGUCGCACCUAAUGGUAUUGGCAUCGACGGCAUGGUUAUAAACAUCGCAACCGUGGUUGCCGGUGCGGCAACUAACCCGUUAAAGAGUGGUUACUUCCAGGGAGAUGCAGUGGCGCCACUGGAGGCAGUUUCAGCUUGUACGGGGAUAUUCGGGUCGGGUGCUUAUCCUGGGUACCCAGGAGCGUUGAUGGUGGACCGUGUAACCAAGGCAAGUUACAACGUGUACGGCAUGGACGGUCGGAAAUUUCUCCUUCCGGCCAUGUAGGACCCUUUAAGCCAGGCUUGUAAGGUUGAUUCUUGAUUUGCAGCUCCAUAUAUAAAUCCUACGAUAGGCAACAUUGCCAUAGCCAUGCAGGAGUUG